AUGGCAUCCACAGGUGGCAAAUCCAGAUUGAAAACAGUCUAUAAAAACAAGCGUUCUAUUGGACCGCUUCAUACGUGUGGAUCUGUCGCGGUCUCUGGUGAUGGGAGCAAACUCAUCACUUGUGUUGCAGAGGAAGCUGUGCUCACCAAUAUUUUGACGGGCGAAGAAAUAUGUCGGUUUGCAGGGGACACUCAAUCGAUUACUUCGCUGUGCUUGACCCCAUCGGCUUCGCAACUGAUUGUAUUCACUUCUGCUCCUUCUUUGCGUGUGUACGAGAUCCCCACUGCUGCCGCAAGCAAUAAAAUACAUCCCGUUCGAGUGGUUGCUCGUGCACAUGAUGCCCCCGUACACGUCUGCACCAUCGAUCCAUCCUCCACAUAUCUUGCUUCGGGCUCUGCGGACGGUGUUGUCAAGGUUUGGGACAUCAAACGUGGCUACGUCACUCACAUCUUCAAAGGGCACGGCGGCAUUGUGAGCGCGUUGAAGUUCAACUUCCCCCGAGACCCUUCUGUCGUGGUCUCACAAAAUAUACUCCAACUCAUCACGGCCUCCGUGGACACUCGCAUCCGGAUAUUUGAUUUAACGGCAACCGCAAGCAAGGGGGAUCAAGGUGCACUACGUCCGAUCGCUGUUCUCGAAGGGCACGUUUCUGUUCCCCGGGGUUUGGACGUGACUCCUGACGGAAAAUGGCUUAUAAGCGGGGGAAGAGACUCUGUUGUUUUGGUCUGGAACUUGCACGCGAAGUCGAUUGGAGCGAAAUCCGCAGAAGCCACUAAGGGGAAAGGAAAGAGCAAUUCACCUGUACUGGCUCAAACCAUUCCUGUUAUGGAACGCGUUGAGGCAGUUGGGUUGUUGCAGGCCGGGGACUUGGUUCCUAGUAGUAGUGCUUCCCAACUGCGUUUCUACACUGCUGGGGAGAAAGGUAUCAUCCGGAUAUGGAACGUAAAGGAUUCAUCCGUCUUAUAUUCCCUCAGCCAGGCGGCAGACCUACAGACUGAAGAUCAAGAGGAGCAGCGUCAGAUUGUAGAAGCUGUCUACUUGCCGUUAAUAUCGACGAUCGUCUCGGUACACGCAGACCAGAAUAUCCUGUUCUACGACCUGAACACCCGAAAUCUCCACCGGCAACUCAUCGGUUUCAAUGACGAGAUCGUUGAUGCGGUUUUCCUGUCUCCAAAAUCUGUCGAUUCUCACAUUGCAUUCGCUACAAAUUCAUCCCUCAUCCGGAUUUAUUCAACUGCAGGGCUAGAUGCGCGGCUCUUAACUGGUCACACCGAAAUUGUGUUAUCGCUUGACCAUGGCGCGGGAGGCAAACUCUUUGCGAGUGGAAGCAAAGAUCGCUCUGUUCGAUUAUGGGCGCCUGCAUCUCCGAACGACAACCUGCCGACGGAGUGGGGCUGCGUUGCCAUCUGCGAAGGUCAUGCAGAAAGCGUAGGCACCAUCGCAAUGUCGCGAGCUUCCGGCGAAGAUGGCACCACGGGUGUGCAAUUUAUGUUCAGCGGCAGUCAGGACCGCACGAUCAAGAUGUGCAUGGCCAAAAGCCUCAUGAAAUGCAAGAGUUUGACCACUCAUAAAGCACACGAGAAAGACAUUAAUUCUCUCGAUGUCGCACCCAACGACCGCCUCUUGGCAUCUGGAUCGCAAGACCGCACAGCUAAAAUAUAUGAAAUCGAUUUUUCCCGUGCAACUGGAGACCGCUCUGCACACGGAGAGAUCAAGCUACUGGGAACCUGUAAAGGCCACAAGCGGGGCAUUUGGACGGUCAAGUUUGGUCGCUCGGAGCGCGUCCUCGCAACCGGAAGCGGGGAUAAAACCGUAAAAUUGUGGAACUUGGAGGAUUUCACUUGCGUGAAAACGUUCGAGGGACAUACCAACUCCGUGUUGAGAGUUGAUUUCAUCGAUCACGGCAUGCAGCUCGUUACAUCAGCGUCCGAUGGCCUUGUCAAACUGUGGAAUGUACGCGAAGAAGAGUGUACGGCUACCAUGGACAAUCACGAAGACAAAGUUUGGGCACUUGCCGUCAGCACGGAUGAGCGUACGAUUGUGUCAGCAGCAGCGGACUCUGUAGUGACAUUCUGGCAAGAUUGUACUGAGGAACAGGAACGAGAGGAGGAGGCUAAACGUUCCGAGCUGGUCUUGAGGGAGCAAGAUUUCAUGAACUAUCUGUCCCUUCAUGACUAUCGUAAAGCUAUACAACUUGCCCUCGCUAUGCAACAGCCUGGAAGAUUGUUAUCGCUGUUUAAAGGCAUUCGUGCUACCCCAUCGGAAUCCGCAGCUGAUGCAUCAUCGGUCACUGGCAACAGCGCAGUUGAUGAGGUGCUACGGACCCUCGGCGGGUCUGAUCUUGCCCGCCUCUUACGCUAUGUUCGUGACUGGAAUCCCAAUGCUAAGACAAGCGGAGUGGCGCAAGGGGUGUUGUAUGCAGUCAUGAAACUAAGAUCGGCGGACGAUGUCAUAGCGGCAUUUACGGACGAGGCUCAGGAAGGUAUCUUACAAUCCUCUGGUCAAGAGAGCGUGAAAAGUACUGCGAGCGGCAAUACUGCAUUGAAGGAACUCGUCGAUGGUAUGAUUCCAUACACUGAACGGCAUCUAUCCAGAGUGGACCGCCUUGUUCAGGAUAGUUUCGUGGUGGACUAUAUCCUGAGCGAGAUGGAUGACGGAAUGUUUGAUGGUCAGGAGGUAGAUACUAUGGACAUAGAUACAUAUGAGGUUAGUUCAUAG